CAAGCAACUACUUGUUUUUUGAGAAGGGUGAAAAAAAUAAACUCGUUAAAAAUAAUGAAUUAUAAUUUUUUUCUACUUUAAAUUAAGCCACAGUAUUUUUAGUGUAAUUUUUUUGUGGAAUUUAUGAAUUCAUAAUUCGUAUUUAAUUUUUAAUUAAUACCUCGUCUGUUCAAAGUAAGUGUUGGUUUAUUCCAUUCAGUGGUGUUUAUUGCAGUUUAUUCAAACAAGCGAUAUCAUAAAAUUAUUAAGUAAAUGAAGAUGUCUCUCGGCAUGACAAAACGGUGGUACCGUUCGCGGAGGAAUCAGAUGAUUGUCAUCAUUGUUGUGAUAUUCACCAUACUCUAUUACAUAACCUUGAAUACCACAUACAGGGAACCCGACCUGGAUGUUACAAGAAGAAUAGUCUCACUUAACCCUAGGGCUGGCACUGCAUACGCAAACAGAACUAAGGUGAUGGAAAUUUCACAACCUACUAAUAUUAACGAAAGAAAUUCUGUGAUUGAAUAUAUAGAAAAGCGAUUAGAGCAGGCGUUGAAACAGGACAAGGGGUCGGGAUGUGAGAUACCGAAGUUGGACCCCUUCUCGAGAGAGGUGGCGCAAUUCGACAAAGAAAUGCCUAAAGUUGUGUGCCAAGGAAAGGAUUGGGUUAGGUGCUAUCAUUCACAUUGCAGAGUGGUACCAGAAAUAUUGAACAAUACAAAAGACAUAGUAUGUACAUACAGUGAUAUAUUAUAUGAGAACGACUCGAAAUAUACUAUAGGACCACCUAUCGAUAUAACUGGGUCAGAUACCUACGAAUUGAAUAGAAGUGACCACGUCAAAGUUAGAUGUACGGGAAAACAUAUAGACAGCAUUCUCCCAUCAAAAUGGAUCGGUCACACGUUAGGGUUCCGUUCGUCAGUCCAUCCGAAGGCUACCAAACCUGCGGAACCAAUAAAUGUACUCAUCAUAGGAUUCGAUUCAACUGCCAAGAACGGAUUUAUACGACGAAUGCCGAAGAGCUAUAAGAUACUGACUGAAGUAUUGGGUGCUACCGUUUUGAACGGCUAUAAUAUAGUAGGCGAUGGCACUCCGGCUGCCCUUUUCCCAAUCUUGACUGGACAGACGGAAUUGGAGUUGCCAGAUGUUAGGAAACGGAUGAAAAACAAAGGAACUUUGGAUGCUUCGGUGUUUAUAUUUGACAAGCUGAAAGAAUAUGGAUACCGUACGGCAUAUUUCGAAGACAUGCCCUGGAUAGGCACUUUCCAGUACCGUUUCAACGGUUUCAACCGCCAGCCGGCCGACCACUACCUGCGAGCCUUCUACCUCGAGGAGUCCAACAACGGGAAGAAGUGGUCCAACAAGAACACGAGGUACUGCGUUGGCGACCGACCCCAGUAUCUACUCAUGCUCAACAUUACUGACCAGUUCCUAAACCUCGACGGCAACAGAUUCUGCUUCACCUUCAUAGCAGACAUAACUCAUGAUGACUUCAACAUGAUCUCAACGGCCGAUGACGACUUCGCCCAGUUCCUGCUGGACUUCCAGACGCAGAACAGAGAGGAGGACACUCUACUGUUUGUUAUGGGAGACCAUGGGCCAAGAUAUGCCAAUGUACGGGACACUUUCCAAGGCAAAUUAGAAGAACGCCUGCCUCUUAUGGCUGUCCGUCUUCCCAACAGUAUAGUCAAAACCAGCCCAGAAACACUACACCACCUGCAGAGAAACGCCGAAGUGUUGACUACUCCGCACGACAUAUACGCCACUGUGCUGGAUGUGUUAAACCUGAGAAUGUUCUGGAACAAGUACAAAGUUAGUGGCGCCGAUUUGACCAGGGGACUGUCUUUGCUGGAACCAAUACCAAAGAACAGAUCAUGUAGCGAGGCGGGAAUCGAACCCCACUGGUGUUCGUGCUUAUCGUGGGAAAGUGUGUCCGAAACAGAGCCGCUGUACAAGAAAACUGCAAACGCGUUGGUCGAGUUUAUCAACUCGCUCACAGAAGUUGUCAGGUCAAAAUGCGUGCCCCGUACGCUAACAUCGAUAGCUUGGGUGAUGCGCCAAAAGGCGAACAGUGGAGUAUUAACCUUUGUAGGGGCGAAGGACGCGGACGGGUAUGUGGGGAAGUUUGGCCGGAAAGUGCAACCCCUCACCGAGAACUAUCAGGUCAAGUUAUCGGUGGGCCCCGGAAAUGGAGUUUAUGAAGCAUCGAUGACGUACAUACUGAAAGAAGACAAGUUUCUUAUUGAUACGAGGGACAUAUCCCGAACUAACGCUUACAACAACGAGCCUCACUGCAUCAGCGCGUCGCUACCUUCCCUCAACAUGUAUUGCUAUUGCAACGACUGAGCGUACGGUACUCUGGAAAAGUAUUGUACAGAGUAAAAAUCUUUUAGAUAACUUGCUUUUAAGCUAUCUUAUAAACACUAUCCGUGCUAAAUAUUACCAGUGUGAAUGUAAUAUUACCAGCGUAAAUGUAACAUUACCAUCACCAUUACAAGUAUUUACUUACAAAGUAAAAAUCACGUAGAUAACUUGCUUUUAAGCUAUCUUUUUAACACUAUCCGUGCUAAAUAUUACCAGUGUGAAUGUAAUAUUACCAGCGUAAAUGUAGUAUUACCAUCACCAUUACAAGUAUUUACUUACAAAGAAAAAAUCACACAGAUAGCUUGCUUUUAAGCUAUCUUAUAAACAUUAUCCGUGCUAAAUAUUACCAGUGUGAAUGUAAUAUUACCAGCGUAAAUGUAACAUUACCAUCACCAUUACAAGUAUUUACUUACUUAGUAAAAAUCACGUAGAUAACUUGCUUUUAAGCUAUCUUACAUCAUCCGUGCUAAGUAUUACCAGCAUGAAUGUAAUAUUACCGUCAUCAUUACAAGUUUUUUUUUCUAACUCUUUUUUUUAAUUGAAAAUAUUACUAUAAAACUUAAAGCUAGGCUUAUCUAAUUACUACACAAAUCAUGCCCCUAGAAGUAAUUCUCCUACUAAUCUUGGUUUGGGUGAUAACGUCCCCCCUCCCCCCCAAAACGUUUUCAAAAAUCAGACAAUUUUGGUCAUAUUAGAUUCAGUACAUCUUAAUCUAGGUUCGUACGUUUUAUUUUUUUAGUAUUUUAGUUGAGUAAAAUUUAAAAAAAAAUACUCAAGAAAGUUUUUAGGCCAAAAAUUAGGAUAUAGACGCUAGUGAGUAGUGAAUUUUAA